GGUAGAGAGAAACCUUUACAGUGUCGUAUUACAGCAUUGUGGGGGAAAUGCUUCUGCACAUCGUUUCUCUGAUUCAUUUGAUAUUCGAACGUGAUCAGUUACAGUCGCUGGACUGCGUGGAAUCAAAUCUCUGUCAUUUAAACACAUUUUUAAAGACUUCAGCCAUUCAAGAGCGAUGAAAGGACCAGAAGUGGUCGACUCGAGAAGUCGUUUUCGAUUUAUUGAGUCCUGUCUCGGCUUGAUGGGCUGUUUGUGUAUCAGCUAUGCGAUCUGGACACCUCGGUGGCUGGAUGACCGGGGUCUGUGGACCUCGGGGAAUGUUUCCAGACUGGAUGACAGCUGGACCACUGAAGACAUUGCUAAAGCUCUGGAGGCUGAGAGAGUGUUUGCAGUGGUGGCUUUCCUGAUGUCGGUGAGCUCUGGACUGCUGUGUCUCAUGUUUGCUCUCUGCUGGACGUCUCAAACGGUGCGUUCCUACUCCAACACUCGCUCGCUGCUGAUGGCAGGCCAGGUGCUUGAUCCGACCACCCUGCUGCUGUUCACACUAGUACCUACAGGGUUUUUCUUUUUUCUCAGCUGGGCGCUUUUUACACAUGAACAUAUUGGUGAGAUCAGGGAUGAUGUCAGUCGACUCGGUCCGUCCUAUUGGCUGGGAGUGUUGGGUUGGGCUUCUCUAUUGGCCGUGCUGCCUGUGGUCUUCCUGGCAGAGAAGUUUGUGGUUCCCGACAUCCUGCCGGAGUUAAAAAAUGCUGCCGAAAUGUGGUGGAAGGCUCCUGAGGUUGCACACGCGCGAUCGUUAAGUGAGGGUUGCUAUCGUUCACAGCAUAAGUCUCAUCCUGACUUCAGGAGGUAUUUGUCAGUGCCUUGAACAAGAGGAAGAAGGUAGCAAGGAAAUACAGAGAAGAGACUCUAGUCUCGCUGGUCUUCUAGCCAAAUAUAUGAGCUGAGCAUAUGCCUCACAACAGGAGUGAAGGACCUGGAUGAGAAACCUGUAACUGCUCUCUGCGAUGUUAGACACAAAGCUACAGAUUAUAAUGUUCAGUGUAUUCAGAUGUACUUGGAAGAGGAUGCCCAAAAAUGUGGUUAAUGGACUACUAGGGUUCACUAUCUAAGUGUGAAAUAUAAAGUUGAAAGGAUUUUGAAGUUGCAGAGAGGCUAUUCCUCUAGAACUUGUCAUAGUCGUUGUCUGCAGCUGUUAUUGUGUGAAUUAUAUACAGUCACUUUCAGGGAUGCAGACUUAAAUGCUUUUCAAAAUGCAUUUUAAAUAUGCUAAUUAUUAACUAAAACAACAACAACAACAAAAAACACUAAAAUAGUUUAUAACUGAUUGGGUAAAAUAUAAUAAAAUUACUAAUAAUGGCAACGGGUAGUACUUAACUAAUGCUUCAAACGCAAUCAUUAGUGCCAUAUACAAGACAUUUAAAUGUUUUUUUUUUUUUUUAAGUUAUUGAAACAUGUUCUUGUAUAGAAAAACAAUUAACUUCUAAGAUCCACUUGACCUUUCCCCUUAUUCCCAUUGCCAAAAAGUGGUGAUCAUUGAAUUCCAGAUUGUUCUGCUUGUUCUCAAUCUUCCAGACAAUACUGAUUCAAUUAGUCAGAGCACUUUUAUACUACUAACACUUAGUGUAAUAGGGACUUCCAGGUGCUUAAGCAGAAUUCAACACUACUAGGUAGUGCUCCAGUUGUUGUUGUUUUUUUCUAUCCGUCUUUUUUUUAAGUGCAAGCAGUGCUCUCUACUGGCCAUAGUGCAAAGAGCAUCAUGUUCUAUCCUGUAUUUUUAAAGCUAUUUAAAUAAACCUUUUUGUACUGUUUUAAACCAAUAA